GACAUACACAAACCUAGCGUGUCAUUAAAUCAUUCACAAUCAGAGCACCGGCAGACAUUAUAUAAAUGCACCGGCCUUCCCUGUCCUAUAUAAACUAAGAGGAAGGGAUUUCUGCAUGACAUUAGGCCUUAAAUCAUAAUAAUAAACAGUCUGGCAAACAAUGCAACCAAUGAGAGACUCGAAUGAAAAUGGGUAGCGAGCACAAGAGCUCAAUCAAAUGAAAACACGAUGACAGAGCGGAGCCAAACGAGGCGUGGAACGCAUACAUGCCUUGGUACGGUGUCCUCGGAAGGUCUUUCCUGUAUUUUGCGGAAACGGGUGCCUCCUUCGCCUAGUAUUUGCGUAUGAUGGCAUUCAUGAACAGCUCAGACAGUGAAGAAGAAGAAGAAUGCAACGAGCGAACAUCGCUGAUAGCAACUGAAAGCCCGCUGCUUCCAUCGUAUCAAGAUGGUCAUCAGCCACAGAGAGAAGAAGAGACUACAAACCACAGGAAACAACACACUAACAGCACACAAGAGGCAGGCAAUGCACCUAAUGGGGAAACAUCUCGUACAAGAGUUUCUAACAGGGAAGGCCCAGCAGAUGGUGACGAGGAAGAGCUGACUCUGAAAUAUGGGGCUCGUCACGUCAUCAUGCUCUUUGUUCCAGUCACUCUUUGCAUGGUUGUCGUUGUUGCCACAAUAAAGUCAGUCAGUUUCUACACAGAAAAAAAUGGGCAAUUAAUCUACACACCUUUUUCUGAAGACACCACGUCUGUUGGCCAACGCUUAUUAAAUUCUGUGCUAAAUACAAUCAUAAUGAUCAGCGUGAUUCUCGUGAUGACAAUAUUCCUUGUUUUGUUAUACAAGUACAGAUGCUACAAGUUCAUCCACGGAUGGUUAAUUCUGUCAUCCUUAAUGCUGCUUUUCAUGUUCACGUAUAUGUAUCUUGGUGAAGUGUUCAAGACCUACAACGUUGCAAUGGAUUAUCCAACCCUUUUCAUGGUAAUCUGGAAUUUCGGGGCAGUCGGAAUGAUCUGCAUUCAUUGGAAAGGCCCUCUUCAGCUCCAGCAAGCUUAUCUUAUCAUGAUCAGUGCACUCAUGGCAUUGGUAUUCAUCAAAUAUCUACCUGAAUGGUCUGCGUGGGUCAUACUAGGAGCUAUUUCAGUUUACGAUCUGUUAGCUGUACUGUGCCCAAAGGGUCCUUUGAGAAUGCUGGUGGAAACUGCACAGGAAAGGAAUGAACCCAUAUUCCCUGCAUUGAUUUAUUCUUCUGCUAUGGUGUGGACGGUGGGAAUGGCAGAUUCUGAGAGAAGGAACAGUAGGCUGAAUGAACCACCACAAGAUACAUAUGACAAUGUAAAUAGCUUACAACAAGUAGACAGUGAUGUUAUAGAGACAAGAGUUGAAACUCCAAGCAACCCAUCUGCAUCUUCUGAUGACCCAGAAGAAGAAAGGGGAGUGAAGCUUGGCCUUGGCGACUUCAUAUUCUACAGUGUCCUUGUGGGAAAGGCAGCAGCAACUGCCAGUGGAGACUGGAACACCACGUUGGCCUGUUUUGUGGCCAUAUUAAUAGGAUUAUGUCUGACCUUGUUGCUGCUGGCUGUUUUCAAGAAAGCUUUGCCUGCUCUACCAAUUUCUAUCACCUUUGGAUUGAUAUUCUACUUCUCUACUGACAACAUUGUACAACCUUUCAUGGACACCUUAGCUGCUCACCAGAUGUACAUCUAGCAUUAUGUUCUCAAUGAGCACUUUUUUUAAGGUCGUGAAUUGAAGUGUGAUGUAUGUGAACGCACGUGUAUAGUGCCAUAAUUUUAUUAUGACAGAUGGGACAAUGUACACAACUAACAGUAAUCA